AUGGAGGGAGAGACGGAGACUGGAGGCACGGAGGGGGAGGCGGAGACGGAAGGGGAAGCAACGCAGGAAGGGCUCGAGGUCGAGGAGAGUGGAGAUACGGAGAGCGCAGAUGCUCGCGGUGAGGCCGAGAGUAGCUCGGAAGUGGAGAAAACCUACGAGUACGCGCGUGACAUAUUCGGAGAUCAAGCGUUGGGCAUUCACUCCUCAUCUUCUGUAUGAUCAUGUGAGUAGCCGAUGCGAAUCCCUCCAAAGCUGCGAUCAGACGCCAUGCUGACCAGCUCGCCUGCUCGCGCUCAGCUCUUCGUGAUUCAACUUUUCGUUCUCGCCUGCUCGCGCUCAGCUCCUCGUGAUUUAACUUUCAGUUCUCGGAAAUCUCAUACUUCACUUCUUCUUCUGUUUCUCAUGGUCACCUCUCCCACUCAUCGGCUUCUCAUGUCACCUCUUCGCAAGCGACGGUUCAACAGCAUCUGACCAUGGUUACCUCUCCCAAAGCGACUGCUGAGCCGAAAUGGCAAGGCUCGCAAACGUCUGACGAUACGAGAAAUGAAUGCAUUGCGGCAGUGAUAAGGGUUUACUAG